AUGGCAGCUGCCACACCUUCAUCACUUGCCAGUUCUGUAGAGAAGACGAAUGGAGCCAAGCUCAGCAGACUUCUUAUUGAUGGCGGUACAGCGGUUUUGAGGAAAUGCUUCAAUACCUUUCACCCCCCUACCAAACUAGCUGCUGGUCUCAGCUCUCACUUCACAACACUGCACACUCUUUUCAAGAAAAAGGUUCUGCGUUUAGCCCAGUGGGACCAACUUUUCCCACCUAGUGGGGAUCCACCUGAUUCUAAAGAAUUUGAUAUCACUCUCCUGUUUCUCCUUUUGACCAACAUGUGUGGCCUCACCCCUCCCUCCUCAGGAUGGCACGCGAUGCCACCUAUUAGUGACACCUCUUUCGAGGCUAACCUUGCUCGAAUGAAGUUUUUCCGCAAUAAGUUGUAUGGCCACGUGUCCACCACUGGCGUUGAAAUGUCAGUGUUUUUGUCUCUGUGGCGGGAUAUUAGCGCAGUCCUUGUUGAUCUUGGGUUUGACCAGGUAGAAAUAGAUAGAUUAGAAGUCGAACAUAGUGGAGAGGAAGACUAUAUUGACUUGUUACGUGAGUGGUCUGAGAGUGAAGAAGAUACGUGGUCACAGCUGAGGGAUAUACGGAAUUUCCAGAUACAGAUGCAUGAAGACGUUGCAGAUCUACGUCAAAACCAAAAGGAAGACCAGAAAACACUUGAGGAUACCAAGUCUAAAUUGGAGAAAUUGUCCCACUGCCAGGCAAAAACUCUUGAGGCUGUUGAAGAAAUGCAAGUAGGUAUCGAAGAAUUUAAACAGGUAGCUGAGUACGAAAAGAAGAAGAGAGAAGAUCAUUGGGAAGUUGAGGCCCUUAAAAACCUAGCGAAGGUCGACUUCCGAGGGGAUAUUGAAUAUCAUGCGCAAAGAUUCCAGGAAGGAACCCGUGAGUGGAUCUUCCGACAGAUGGAUGAAUGGUUAGACGACAAAAGCUCCGAAAAUCGAGUAAUGGUCAUCAGUGGCAAUGCUGGCAUGGGAAAGUCAGUUAUCUCCGCUGUUGCGUGUAAGAGAAUGCAAAAAGCUGGUCGACUGUCAGGGAGCCACUUCUGUCAGCACAACAACGUGCGCUAUCGAAAUCCGCAGCUGAUGCUUCAAUCCUUGGCCUGUCAUUUGACGCACACCUUACCCGAGUACAAGGAAGCUCUCGUGGAAAAACUAUCAAGGAAUCUGGGAGUACCACUCAACAGCAUGGGUGUCGAAGAGCUCUUUGCUCUGCUUUUGAAGGAACCUCUUAAUGCUGUUAAAGAUCCAGGAAGAAACAUCUUAAUGGUAAUAGAUGGCUUGGACGAAAGUGAAUAUCAAGGACGCAACGAGCUUCUCGAUGUCGUUGGCAAGCAUUUUUUUAAGCUCCCAAAAUGGAUUCGAUUUCUCGUGACAGCCCGACCAGAAAUAAACAUUACGGAGAGCCUGAAGCAUCUGCAACCCAUACACCUUAACCAAAAACAGGAAGAGAACUUAAGCGACAUCAAGCGUUUCUUUCAACUACGUCUGGGAAAGCAACUUGAGCAAGAACAUAAGAAUGUGCUCUUGGACAAACUGGUUCAAAGGACUGAGGGUAUUUUCCUAUUUGCAUAUUUUCUUAGUGCUGCACUCGAAGAGAAUGCCUCGCCAAUUACCGUCGAGGAGGUGGAGAGCAGA